CCCGCGGAAGAGGAGGCGGAGGCAGCGCCGCGUGGGAGCCUAGAAAGCGCGCACCGGGUCUCUUCGCUCUCCAGUUGCCGCAGGAGCAGCAGCGGAGCCUUGCUCUCUCUCUCUCUCUCCCGCCUCUGCCUCUCUGCUCAGCCCUCCCGGUGCGGAUGCUCCGCGCCCGAAGCGGGACAGAGCUCUCCAGCUUCUCCCCCUCGAUGCCAGUCCCUUCUCGGCCAACCUGGCCCCGGGCGUUGAACUUCCCGCCCGCCUCCUUCCUCCGCUUCUUCGGCUCUCGAGAUGAGUCCCGUCGGAGCGUGGCUUCUCUGCACCGUCGCUAGCCUGGUGGCCGCGGGGCCACUUCACCCCGGCAUGCCAAAUGUGUGUCCUGAACAAGAAUUGGCAAUGGUGGGACAUCGUCAACCGUGUGUUCAAGCCUUCACCCGUAUGACGAAAAUAUGGAAACAGGACUGUGCAGUGGAAAGAUGGUGCUUACGUUAUGAGAGAAGGACAAGCUAUUAUACCAUCUAUAAACAAACAUACAGUAUAAAACAUCACACUGUUUUUAAGUGUUGCCCUGGAUGGAGUAGAAAGGAUGAUGAUGAAGCAGGAUGUCUUCACUCUGUAUGCUCUGUGUGCUUCAAUGGAGGAAAAUGCUCUGAAGGAAUUUCUCCAGUAUGCCAGUGCUCAUUGGGAUUUCAGGGGCCACGCUGCCAAUAUGAUGUCAAUGAAUGCAGCACUGAAAAUGGAGGCUGUCAGGGCCAAUGCUGCAAUACUAUUGGCAGUUUCUACUGUAAAUGUCCAGUUGGCCAAAAACUGGGGGAAGACCGGAGAUCAUGUGAAGAUAUUGAUGAAUGUGCAGUGAAGAACGGAGGCUGCCAGCACACCUGCAUGAACAUCUUAGAUUCCUACCACUGUGAAUGUGAUGCUGCUCAUAGACUUCAUGCUGAUGGACACACUUGCAUAGAGAUUGACCCUUGUGAAAAUGGUAAUGGAGGGUGUUUACACAUCUGCCAAAAUGAGAAUGGAUUUGCAAAGUGCCAAUGCUAUUCUGGAUACAGUCUUUCUGCAGAUGGAAAGUCUUGCACAGAUGUUGAUGAAUGUGCAGAAGGGACUUCCAGGUGCACUCAUCUCUGUAUGAACACUCUGGGUUCCUGCCUGAUUUGCAAUCCUGGAUUUGAGCUAGGGCGUGAUGGAAGGCAGUGCUACCGCAUAGAAAUGGAAAUUGUCAACAGCUGUGAAGACAACAAUGGAGGUUGUUCUCAUCACUGUGAGCACUCUACCAAGGGACCACUCUGCUCAUGUAACCAAGGUUACCUUUUGGAUUUUGAUGAGAAGACAUGCAUAGAUCUGGAUGAAUGUGAGACGGGAGAUGCUUGCUGUUCACAGUUCUGCAUCAACUAUGUCAGAGGCUAUGAAUGUAGCUGCAAGGCAGGAUUCCGACUUUCUCUGGAUGGCUGUGGAUGUGAUGAUAUCGAUGAAUGCCUUGCUGACACUGAUGGCUGUGACCAACACUGUAUUAAUUCUUUGGGUUCUUAUGAGUGUAUGUGUGAAGAAGGAUAUAGGCUUAACAGUGUGAAUAGAAAGUCCUGCAUCUCAUUAGAUGAGGAUGAACUGGAAGAGGAGGAUGAAGAAGAACUGGAGAUAGUUGGAAGUCCUGACCUUCGCUUCAGAAGACCACCUCAGCUUCUUCACUUCAGUACUUCACUAAGCUCUUUCUAUGAUGAUGAUGAUGACAAUGAAGACAUUCGUGGAGAACUUGCUCUUGUCCACAGAGUUGUUUGCCUGAGUGACAUGUUUGGUAGUGACUGCAGCUUAAGUUGUUCAGAUUGUAUGAACAGAGGAAACUGCAACAGUAACAACACUGGUUGUGACUGCCCGCCCGGAUGGACUGGCAUUAUUUGUAAUGAAACUUGCCCCACGGGAAUGCACGGAAAAGAUUGUAGCAGCAUCUGCAAGUGUCAGAAUGGAGGCUCCUGUGACCCAAUAUCAGGGCAGUGUCGUUGUCCACCAGGAAUUAAUGGAAAGUUUUGUGAGAAUGGCUGCCCCAAAGGACGUUUUGGGAAGCACUGCAACAAGAAAUGCAACUGUGCUAACAGUGGAUAUUGCCACAGAUUAUAUGGAGCUUGCUUGUGCGAUCCUGGGUUAUAUGGUCGCUUCUGCCAUCUAACAUGCCCCAAAUGGGUCUAUGGAGCUGGCUGCUCAGAAGAUUGCCAGUGUGUGAAGGAACACACCUUGAAUUGUGAUCCCAGAAAUGGAACUUGCAUCUGCAGACCAGGCUAUGAAGGAACCAAGUGUCAGAAAAAUUGCCCUGAUGGCUUCUGGGGUGUGAACUGUCAACUUGCCUGUGAUUCCUGUGAGAACGGAGGACAGUGUAACAAAGAAACUGGGAUGUGUGAAUGUCCCUCUGGAUACACUGGAAAGUAUUGUAAUGUUUCUUGUCCCGCUGGUUACCAUGGAAAAAAAUGCUUGCUGCAAUGCAGCUGUGACAGUAAGGCUGCGUGUAGCCCCAUCACUGGUGAAUGCUCAUGUCCCCCGGGUUGGAUUGGCCGUGACUGCAAGCAGCAGUGCCCCAAGGGAACCUUUGGCCUCAGCUGUAAAUCUAGCUGUCAGUGUAAGAAUGGAGCUGCCUGUGAUCACAUAAGUGGAGCCUGUACUUGCACAGCCGGCUGGUUGGGAACCUUUUGUGAGAAAGCUUGUCCACAUGGCUUCUUUGGGGUUGACUGUGGCCAGAUUUGCGACUGCAAGAAUGGAGCUUCCUGUGAUCACAUUGCUGGAACAUGUCAGUGUCUCCCCGGCUGGAUUGGACUGAAGUGCAACCAACAGUGUGAAUCUGGAAAAUAUGGGGAGAACUGCCAGCAGAACUGCACUUGUAACAAUGGUGGAGCAUGCGAUCAUCGUUCUGGGAAAUGCAAUUGUCAUCCAGGCUGGACUGGAGAUCGCUGUGAUACUGUUUGCCCAACUGGUUAUUUUGGCCAACGAUGUGAGGAACAAUGUGACUGUGAACACAGCUUCUCCUGCCAUCAUCAGACUGGAAUAUGUCACUGUGAAAAGGGGUGGAGAGGAAAACAAUGUGAAAAACCUUGCUUGCCUGGCUUCUAUGGCAAUAGUUGUGCUGAGCCUUGCAAAUGCCCUUCAGAAGUCUCUUGUAACCAUGUUAAUGGAGAGUGUGGCUGUCCUCCAGGUUUUGCGGGCAGUGGAUGUGAAAGAACUUGUCUGCCAGGCACAUAUGGAGAGAACUGUAACCAACUCUGUCAGUGCAAUGGAAAGAAUGAAGAGUGCCACCAUGUCACUGGCAAGUGUGGCUGCCUGCCAGGCUACCAUGGAAUCCACUGCGAUAUUCGCUGUCCAAAAGGAACCUAUGGGCCAUACUGCCAGAAGACAUGCCAGUGUCUGAAUGGAGGGCAUUGCAAUGCUGUGACAGGAGCCUGUGACUGCCCCCCGGGAUUCAUUGGAGCAGACUGUGGCAAAACUUGUCCAGAACAUCAGUAUGGAAAGGAUUGUAGCUCAUUCCGCUUCUGUGGUGCGGGACAUUGUGACCCAGUGACAGGCAAAUGCUCCUGUCCAUCUGGCCAAAUGGGACCAAAUUGCCUUCAGGUGUGUCCCCAGGGAAGAUAUGGCCCUACCUGUCAGCUAAAAUGUAUGUGCAAGAAUGGUGGUAUCUGUGACCCUGCCAAUGGGACUUGUACUUGUGGACUUGGCUGGACAGGAAACUAUUGUGAGAAAGAAUGUGCUCUUGGAAAAUAUGGUGCUGAUUGUCACCUAGACUGCGCUUGUCAGAAUAAUGGAAUUUGCAACAGGUUUACUGGCUGCUGUCAAUGUGCAGAAGGUUAUUAUGGCCAUUCCUGUGAACAUACCUGUCCUUCAGGAUUUUAUGGUUUCAACUGCUGUAACACCUGCAACUGUAAAAAUGCAGCUGUAUGCAAUGCAACAACUGGGCAUUGCAUUUGUCCUCCAGGUUUCUAUGGUGUGCAAUGUGAAAAAGGUUGUCCUUCUGGGAUGUUUGGAGAGAAGUGUCAGCAUCAGUGCGAGUGUGAAGGUUCAUCUUGGUGUGAUCCGGUUACUGGAAAAUGCUUUUGUCCUCCUGGUACAACUGGAGAUAGAUGUGAUAUUGCGUGUAAGCCAAACCAAUAUGGCACCAACUGCUCACAGCAAUGCCAGUGUGCCAACAAAUCCCAAUGCAAUGUGUACAGUGGAAGGUGUACUUGUUUCAACAACUGGAUGGGACCAACUUGUGAAGAAGGUGGCCCUCCAAAACUUCCUUCUUAUGAAGAACAAACUCAGGAGAAAGGGAAUGCUUUUUCAAGACUGCCACAACAGGAACACUUGGACUAAUAAAUGAGCUGUUUUAUAUGCACAGGCGGUAUUUAACUCUGGAAAUGAGAGCUGCUAUUCAUUUCAGCCUGAGCGGUACUGAAAAAUUCACACUUCUUCAUGCAAGUUCACAGUGUCCUGUUAAGUAACUCGGCCCCUUUUAAAACUGUUUAGCUCUCUUCUGUUUAUUUAUUCUUGACCUCCUGCUUCCUUCUGAUUAAUCCACUCUCAGUAUCAUUUCCAAGUGUCAAUCCUGUGUUUCUUACCACUGCAAAACAUAGAGGGUUUUCCUUCUUUGCCAGCAUAUUGGAGGAAUCAGUAUUUGAAAUGAAGGAUCACAAACAUUUGUUUGCUACAGAAACUGUGCAAGAGAUAUUGGAACACUUUUUGGGUUUAUGAAGCCAAAGUAUUCAACCUAUGUUGGGGGAAGCAGCGUGUUUUCAGAACAAAUAACCAUUGUUUCAACAGGAGAAGAUAACAGAUAAAAUAAAUAAAUAAAAUAUUUGAGGCACAAUUCAGCAAGGGAGAUCCACAUGCAGAAACAGACAAGCAGGAAGUCAGCAUAUCGCAAGACAAGCAGAAGAUUGGCAUGUAGAAGCAAAUGCCCACCUUCACAAAACUAACACAAAUGUGGAUACCUAUUCAGUUAAUUAAAAUUUUUACAGUAGAAAUUGUAUAUACAUAUACUGAAAAGUAUAUCUUAUAUCAAGAUUAGGGCACUCAUGUGGCCCUCCAGAUGUUGUUGGACUGCAAGUCCCAGCAGCCCAAGCAAUCCAGUAGUGGUGAAUGCAGGAGAUUGCAGUUCAGUAAGACAAGGGUUAAAUGAAAAGAAGCAUCAGUCUAUGGAAUAUUGACACAAAGACUCGCCCAGAAAAAGAAAUUCAAGACACAGCCCUCAGCUGGAAAAAUCAUGGCAACAGUGUUCUAGGAUGCAGAUGGUGUUAUCCAUGUUGAUUUCCUUGAAUGUGGAACAACAAUAAAUUCAGAGCAUUACAUCACAACGCUGUGAACUUUGAAACGAUGGCUAACAGGGGUCCAAAAGGAAAAGAUUUAGCACCGUCUGACUUCCAUCUGUUCCCGAUAAUGAAAGAAGAUCUGCGGGGACAUCAUUAUGCUUCUGAUGAAGAACUGUGAGAUGAUGGUUGUGAAAACAGAGUGUCGACUUCUUCUGUGACGGCUUCAGAAAAUUUGUUCAUCAUUGGCAGAAAUGUAUCCAAUUGUCUGGUGAUUAUGUAGAAAAGUGAAUAAUGGUAGUUAAAGAGCACAUUCUAAGGAUUAUUUCUGCCUUUAAGUUAUUAAAAUAUUCCCAUCCAAACCCAAGUAAUGAAGGUGGAGGCGUUACUUUUCAUUCAACCCUUGUAUCUGGAGAGCCACAUGAUUCCCACCACUGGCCUAAAUCCAGUUGUUCAUACCAAUUAAAAGUAUCCACCGAAUCAGUAUGUGAACUUGCCAAGUGCUUACUGACUCUGUGGUUCUACUCUAGUUUGACUUACAAAUUAAAUAUAAGGCAGGGAUUGGAAACAUUCAGGCCUCCUUAUGUUGAAGGGCAGCAAUUCCCAUCAGCCCUAAGAAGUAUAUCUAGGGAUGUCUGGAAGUGCUGGGAUGUUUGGAGGUCUGUAUAGUUCUCUAAUUUCUGAGUAAACAUGUAUAGGAUUUGCCAUGUUGUAAAUAAGGUUUUUGAUAUGGAUAAAGAUGUAUAUGAAACUUAAAUAUAGGAAUAAAUAUGAUGAAUAAAUGUACUAACUGGAGAUUAUAAAGGAUCAGCUUGCCUGAGUAAAUAAGGCUUUAAAUCUUUAAAUGCUAUCACUAUUUUGCAAUGGUAGAAUUGUCAAUAAUGAAUUUCUUUUUACCGAAUAUUCCAAGGGCUCAGGUCUUACCCAAAGCUAUGACUUAAUUUUUCAGCUCUAGAGCCAAUAAUCCCUCUUAGAAAGCUACUUAAUGUUAAUGGGCAUUGACUAUAUACUGUAAUACUUAGUACUUCACUGACAAAGUAUAAAUGAGCCAUCUCUUAGUCGCCCACUUUAAGUUCUUUGAUGAAACUUGGCUGGACUUGGAUGUUAAUUAGUUUCAUGGUGUGUGUAUUAUCUUCAUUUCUUCACCAUUUAGCAUUUUCAGAUAGAAGUCAUACCCAUAAAAUAGUCCUAAACCACAGCGGAAAUAAAAAGUAAAGAAUCAAUUUGUGAUGGUUGGCGGGAUGAAAGGGCGGGACUUAAAAACAAUAGAAUUAAUGCAAACAUCACAAAGUUGUGAACAAUGUUUAAAAUCCAACUGUUCUUCCUUGGGAAAAAUAUUAAACAAAACAAUUUAAAAACAUAAAUAGAAAGGAAGAAAAAUUUUGCUUAUUCAACCUUUGCUCAUCCAAUGUUCUGUAUUAUCCAACGCAGUCUGCCUUUUCAGUAGUCAAUGUUUUUGUAGUCAGUAUUUUCAAUAUAUUGCAAUGUUUUGGUACUAAAUUUGUAAAUACAGUAAUUACUACAGAAUGUUACAUAUAUUGAACUGCUUUUUCUGUCAGUUUGUUGUAAAACAUGAUGUUUUGGUGCUUAAUUUGUAAAAGCAUAAUGUAAUAUGAUGUUUAAUAGGCUUUUCCUUCAUCCCUCCUUAUUAUCCAACAUUUUCAUGUAUCCAAUGUUCUGCCGGUCUGUUUAUGUUGGAUAAGUGAAACUCUACUAUAAUUGAAAAGCCCCAAAACCCUCUCUAAAUCAAAAUAUCUGAAGUGUUCUGCACAUCUCAUUAGACUAGGCUGCAAUGGAUACAAAACAUGAUGUUCUACCAAGGGAACCUUAUGUAACAAAGACACAAGAGUAGCUGUUGGUCCAUUUAUAACUGAAAAUGCAACAGCCCAAAAUUACUCAGAUUAUUCUCCAACACUUGAUGUAAAACAAAUAUCCCUUACAGGGAAGAUAGUGAAGAAAAGGAAACAACUGAAAGUACAAGUAAUCAAGAAAUAAUAAGUUGGUGAGAUGUCAUACAGAUACCCAGCUCCCAAACCAAUUCUCAUAUUACUUGUUAAAGUGUUGAGGUCACAACCAUGGAUAUUUCUUUAAAGAAUGACACUUUUCAAGCUAACUUACAUCGUUUGCUGUUACUGUCAUGCGCCUUCAAGUCAUUUCAGACAUUUGAAUUUCAGACUCAUAGGAUUUUCCUGGAAAGAUUUGUUCAGAGGUGGUUUGCCAUUGCCUUCCUCUGAGGAUGAGAGUGGCUUGCCCAAGGUCACCCAGUGGAUGACCUUGUCUCCCUGGUCUCCCAGAGGUGUAGUUCAACACUACACUAGGUUGCCAUUCUAAUUUAUGUGGUGCAAGUUGUUACUUUCUAUUACAAUUGGAGUGAACCACCAAACCCAAACCUUCAUUCUCCUGCUAAUAAAUCCCAGCUUGAACCACAUGGGGGCACAUUUUGACAGCACAGUUGACAUGGUAAAAUCACUUUGUGGAUAAACCCUUAAGUAAUUGGGCAUAUCGCGGCACCACCCCAAUCUCACACCCAUCUGGAUUCUAUCAUGAAAGGGCCAUGGCUAGUGAAUUCAAAAAUGCUCACUCCACCUUAACUACCUAAGGGUCCACAUUCUCUGAGCUUUAAUAUCUCUAUGCAGCCCUGAAGCCAGCCUGCAUGGAAAUUCUGUGCUUAGUGGGAAGAGGCAGGAUGAAACAUGUGAGACACAGGGGACAUAGUCACAAAGUGAAUAUACGUAGCAGCACUGAGACACAUAGAGAAUCCCAGUCUAUCAUUUUACAUCUGACUACAGGGAGGUAUCUAGACACUUGUGCCAUUCUACUGGCUUAUAAAGCAUGGGAUGGCUGCUCCAGGGCUUUACAGUAAGCUGGACAAUGUGGAGGAAGGAAGGAAAAACAGUACAACCCCUUUAUGCACAAGGACACGGUCCAGGCCCCCUCCUUGACACCUAGAACUACAGAUAAUAUCAAAUGCUAUAUUUUGACUACAUUUGGGCUGUAAGCUUACCAUAGAAUAGAACUGGAAGACCUUCCAGGACUUCCAGGUUUGGGGAGGGGGGGGUUGGAGUACUGGUGAAUGAAACCAUUGGUAUCGAGUCCAUGAAUAAGGGGGUAUCCUCUAUUACAUGUUACAGUGCUCAGCCACUGCAUUUAAGAGAUAUAAUAUGGCAGCCAUAAUAUAGCACAGCAUCUCAAAUAUUGGUUAAAUUGGUUCAGGCUUAUGGAACUUGGAAUUCGAUCACGUUUAGAGGACCACAGUCUUCAAUCCUUCAGUAUAGAAUUGCUUGCUCAUUGCCCACUUUGGACAACAGACAAUAGCUCAUUGAUCAUGAGGUCGACCUUUUUUUCUUUUUUUUCUUUUUUUGAAGCAGCUUAUCUGUCCUUCUCAUGCUUAAUGACAACUACUUUGUAAUAAGUGUGAUGUGAUGCUACGGGAUUGUGAAUUCCCUUGUCUUUGUUUCACAUGAUUUGUUGCUGCAGGUGGUGGGGAAUACAAUACAAUGAUUUUAUAGUCAUAUGUUUCUUUAACUAUAAUCAAAGUCAUUCUGCCCACCCAGAAAUAUAGCAGUUCUCCUUCAAUCUCACUUUUAUAUGAAACAGCAAAAUAUUACUUUUGAUUCAGUUUUAAGUGGGACCCAAGACCUUUGCUUAAAGUGUUCACAUUUGGGGCAAAGCUCAGCAGAAAUCAAUUCCAAGCAACAUAGUUACUUAUAAUGAUCUAUACCCUUCUUGGUUUAAAACAGUGGUUCUCAACCUGGGGUCCCCAGAUGUUUUUUACUUUCAACUCCCAGAAAUCCUAACAGCUGGUAAAAAAAACUGGCUGGGAUUUCUGGGAGUUGUAGGCGAAAAACAUCUGGCGACCCCAGGUUGAGAACCACUGGUUUAAAAGGAGCUCACAUUUCACCAUGACAUGCAAAAAUAGUCACUUUAUUCGUACAAUGAACAGCAUCUACAUAUUCUUUUUUAAAGUUACUUUUACAUGAAAUUGUUAGGCAUUUGACAGGGUUUUUUUUCCAAGUUUUAUGCCACUAUUCUAUCUUCACUAUUUCUCCCCUAAGAGAGUAAAGGUAAGGAAAGGAAAUGAGCAGAAUACAAUUUGCUGGGGUUAGAGGCACAGGACAUCUGUGAAAGUGAAAAACAAAGCUUGAUAUUUCUAUUGUGUUCCUUGUCUAUUGGUAUUUUAUCGUUCUCAAUAAAUAUAAUUUCUUUUUAUAUUUUCCACCUCUCUUGGAAUUUCUAGGUCUUUCAGUAUGAUUCUGUAGUCAAUUUCUACUGAAAGCUAAGUACAUAAUUGUAAUGGGGACCUAGAGAAAACAUUGUAAUCAAAUCUGUGAAUAAUCAAAUCCACAAAUGGCAAAAACGCAAAUGUUGAGGACCAACAGUAAUGACAGCAAAGGAAUUUGAAAUACUGAAAGAAGUAACGGAAAUGAAUUAUAAUAAAAAAAUAACACAAGUAGAAGAGAGCAUGAAGCCCCUGACUCCACUUCCACCAUCAUACAUCCAUGCCUUCCAACAAUCCGAAUUUGGCAGCAACGCCCCUGAUUAAUGGUCUGUUAUUCCACUUUUCAGCUGGAUUUCAAAUGUCCAAGUUCCUCCUUCCUCCUCCCACUUGCCCCUUUGUCCUCAGUUUACUUCAGUUGCUGCAAAUAGUUCAAAAUGCAAAUACAGUUUGCAUUUGGUUAACAGGCAGCCAAAGGAGAGGUAAGGCAUUACCUUUCCCUUCUCAGUAGGCUCAAGCAAAAGCAAACGAAACUACCUCUCCUAACGUAUACAUUCUUUCUCCAUAAUAACUUUUGCCAUUUUGACCAAACUCUGAUGUUCCUUGGCCACACAGUUUUUAUUUCUGAAAUGCUGGAUGUUAUACACAUCCAGGUUAGUGCCACAGUUGUCCAGAUAUUAAGCAUGGAUGUCUGCUGUGAAAUUAUACAUACUUUGUGGUAUAGUGGAUCCUAUUUCAAGUUCUCCUUCCUGGCAUAAGAUGUGUCUCAAUGUGUCUUUAAAACACCUUUCGGACUGAAACAAACACUGUUUAUGUAUCAUUCCUGAUCAAUUUCCAUUGUUAAAUUGUAUCUCCAUUCUUCUGAAUUUUGUAAAUACAGUAGAGUCUCACUUAUCCAAGCUAAAUGGGCCGGCAGCAGCUUGGAUAAGCGAAUAUCUUGGAUAAUAAGGAGGGAUUAAGGAAAAGCCUAUUAAACAUCAAAUUAGGUUAGGAUUUUACAAAUUAAGCACCAAAACAUCAUGUUAUACAACAAAUUUGACAGAAAAAGUAGUUCAAUACGCAGUAAUGUUAUGUUGUAAUUACUGUAUUUAUGAAUUUAGCACCAAAAUAUCACGAUAUAUUGAAAAUAUUGACUACAAAAAUGGCUUGGAUUAUCCAGAGGCUUGGAUAAGUGAGGCUUGGAUUAGUGAGACUCUACUGUACUAUGUACUAUAAAAAUGAUAAAUGCUGCUAUUGUUGCAAUCUGAAUUCUGAGAGAGGAGUGUUGGGCUGAAGGGGAAAUACUUUUGGAAAAUGUCACGGUUUUACAAUGAUUUGGCCUUUGGGUUAAAUCAAUUUUUGUAAAGUUUUCUCUUCAUUUGUCUGGAUGAAAUACCAAACUGUCACUCAAAAUAUUGUAUAGUCAUUUAGCCAUGAGAAAUCUGUCCAGAUAGCUAUUAAACAUAUUUUGUUUGCCUGGGCGAUAUAUAAUGUAUAGUUUAUAUUUCUAUAAUUCACCAUAAAUGUUAACAGACUUGUUUUUUCUCUGCUUUAUAAAAUUUCAGUAUACAUUUUCUUCUAAGAGAGCUUGGUACCACUGGUGAAAAUAGUAAAAUAAAUUAUAAAUGUGCUUGGAUAAAGCCACGUUGCUUUCUGAGAA